UUGAGACCAGCUGUAUCCCAAGGCCUAAACACAUGCUCCGGGCAAUUCAUACUAAUGCUCUAUUUAGUUCUUUAACCCAUUAAAAUCUAUUUUUGUGUAUGGUAUGAGGUAGGGAUCUUUUUUUCCCAAACAAGGUAGUUAUUGUCAUAAAUCGUUUAUUAAAUAGCACUUCCUUCAUCAUGUAUUUUUUAUUAUUCUAUUGGUUAAAGUUGAUCGUAAAUUUUUGAACGUUAUAUGGGUCUGAUUCUGUGCCUGUUCUAAUCUGCUGGUCAGUUUGCUUCACAUCAGACUGAAUAAAUACACCUCAAACUGUGUUGUGGUCAUUGAUAGGACGAGCUCUGGAUAUUUUCCUCACAACUACUCUGGAUAUUCCGAAAAUACUGAUGAAGCGCUGGGCACGCGUUUGGUCCUCGCGUGGCAGUUCACGUUUUAGACUCGGUUAUUGGCGCACAGAAGCGAAACCCUGAAGGCACGAGGCGGACGCCUACCCGGUCACAGCAGGCUGGGCUCCGCUGCCCCUCUGGCCCUGGCUCCCGCGCCUCACUCCAGAAUGUUACGUGUAGACGACGCACACUGUCCUGUGCAGAUCCGUAUUAAAACGCGGCGUCAUGUAGCAUUACAGGGAUAUUCCGAGAUGACAGUAGAGCGACGCGGCUGCACCCCACCCGCGGAGCCAUCUGGGACGUGGGGCAUGCGCAGUCUGUGGCACCCCACCGCCCGCCACGUCAGCCUUAAACGUGAGGGCUUUCUGCAGCAGACCCGAGCAGCCCUCAAAGUUUCCAUGGUAACAGUUUGCUUCUUUGACUUGUUCUUGUUUAUUAUGUCCUCCCCUUGCAGAGCCCAGGCCUUUCAUCCUAAGCCGAGUACACCAAGGAGGCCUCCCGCUGCUCCAGGUCCCGGCCGCCGCGCCCCACGGGCCAUGGCCUGGGCGGGGAACCAGACCCUCAUCACGCACUUCGUGCUCCUGGGCCUCUUCGCGCGCUCGCCGCUGCACGACCUCCUCUUCUCCGCCGUCAUGCUCGCGUUCGUGGUGGCGCUGGCGGGCAACGCGCUGCUGCUGCUGCUCAUCCGCGCCGCCGCGCGCCUGCACAGCCCCAUGUACUUCCUGCUCAGCUGGCUGGCGCUCGCCGACCUGGCGCUCGUGUGCACCGUCGUGCCGCGCAUGGCCGCCGACUUCCUCCGCGGCGCCGGCCGCAUCUCCUUCGCGGGCUGCGGGCUGCAGAUCCUGGCCUUCCUCACGCUGCUGGGGGACGAGUGCUUCCUGCUGGCCUUCAUGGCCUACGACCGCUACGCCCUGGCCACCUGCUCCUCCCACAUGACGGCGGUCUCCCUCUUCUACGGGGCCGCCAUGGUCACGUACAUGCGGCCGCAGGCCUACCACUCGUCCGGGCAGGACAAGGUGGCCUCCGCCUUCUACACCGUGAUCACGCCCAUGCUCAACCCGCUCAUCUACAGCCUGAGGAACAAGGAGGUCACCGGCGCUCUGCGGAGGCUCCUGGGAAGGUGUCCCUGCGCGGGGCGGGGUCUGGCGGGUGCUGGAGCCUGAGGAGGCAGCUCCCGCCCGGAACCUGGCUGGCCACUGCAGCUUGAUUGAAGGACAGACACGGCGUUCCUCUAAAAACCAAACCCACAGCAAGCACAGUCGA